UUUGAAAAAGGCAAAACAGUUUUGAAACGUACGCGAAACAGAGCAAAACGUUCGCUGUCCAACUGUGGAGAAACGCCUCAACAGAGAAGUGUACGGCGAUAUUUGGGCGAAGAAAGAAAACAAGAAAACCGAAAUACAAUUUGUUGAUUAAUUCCAAAAGCAACAAAAUACACAACAAGCAACACAAACUGAAGCACAAUGCACAGCAAACUUUUGGAUGAGUUUAACGAGAAUGGCUACGUUGUCAUAGAGGACUUCCUGAAGCCCGAGGAGGUGGAGACACUGUAUCAGGCGGGGCGGGCUCUGUGCCUGGAUGCGCCACAGUCGAAUCGGAAGAUCUUCAGCACCGUCAAGGCGGAGGAUGCGCACAGCAAGGAGCUGUAUUUCUUGGAGUCGGGCGACAAGGUACGCUACUUCUUCGAGCAGGGCGCCAUUGGAGAUGAGGGUCAGCUGGUUGUAGAUCCGAUGAUCGCAUUGAACAAGGUGGGCCAUGCGCUGCAUGUGGAGCAUCCGACCUUCAACGCGUUGACCUUCAGCAACCGUGUUAAGGAGAUCUGCUGGCAGCUGAACUUCAAUAGGCCGGCCGUCUGCCAGAGCAUGUACAUCUACAAGAAUUCCGGCAUUGGCGGCGAGGUGACACCACACCAGGACUCCUGGUUCCUGCACACAGAGCCCAACUCGGCGGUGGGCUUCUGGUUCGCUCUAGAGGACUGCACCCUGCAGAACGGCUGCCUGCAGUUCAUCAAGGGCUCGCACAAGAGCGGAGUGCACCGUCGCUACGUGCGCAAUCCCGACACGAACGCCUCGGAGCUGAUGGUCUACGAUCGCGCUUCGCCCAUCUAUCCCCAGUCGAGCUUCACGCCGCUCCAAGUGAGCAAAGGCACCUGCAUCGUCAUCCACGGCAAUGUGGUGCACAAGAGUGAGCCGAAUCGCUCCCAGAAGAGCCGCCACGCCUACACCUUUCAUGUGAUUGAGACUGAAAACAAUGUGAAGUAUUCCGAGGACAACUGGCUGCAGGCGCCGCAGGACAAGCCAUUCCCUGUGCUCUUCGAGCGCAAGGCCUAGUAGCCAAACGGAAUUGAAUUAAUUGAGAUUGUAUCACAAAUUGAUGCUGACUUCGGUAUUUUUGCUUAUAAGAUUGAGAGUGAGUUAUUUGAAUGACUAUGAUAUCGCCAUAUAUUUUAAGUUGUUGUACAUGACAUGAGUUUUAUGAUACUAUAAUAAAUCAAGCCUAAUAUGUA